AUGGUACGAAGGGCGGUUGAGCAACAAACGCUUCUUCCGUUCUUCAGUAAAAAUGAGAGCAUCACUCCGCCUAUCCAGCCAGAACCUCCCCGACAAAAAGAGGGACAUCAACCUCCUGGGCGUAUGCCCGAGAAUACCUCUUUGGUAAAUCUGUAUGGAAAUUCGUCGUCCGAUGGGGAUGUCUCCACCCAUGCUGUAUCCCAGCUUCCUGAGAUAAACGAUUUGAACGACGCUGAGGAGGCGGCAGGCCAUCGGAGGAAGCGAUGCAAGAUAGCAGAGCAUGGUCCUGUUAACAUUAGCGCGGUGGUUUCGUCAAAUGCUUUUCCAAAUAUGCAACCACCAUCCCCCUCCGUUAUAUCGCCGACUGAUACCCCCUCUAAGGUGCAAGUGACACAUGACUGCGAAUCGAGCACUUCGACUGGCUUGAGAUUAGAAAACCGAACCCAGGAUGCACCAGAUAAGAAGCAAGAGAGAGGGAAGAAGCUGUUGCAUUUGCAAUUGGACCCGACAUUACUCCGCGCUUUCCCGCCAGGUGAAAGUGCUGAACUCAGCCAAACUCGCCAAAAUACAAGAAGGAAGUCCUCUCGUCUCAAUACUGUUGCAAAAUUUGUCAACCGAGUUAAAAUUGCAAAGAUUGCAUAUAAUCCGAAUAAUCAGUCAAAACAAAAUGUUGGGCAACUUAUCAAUGAUAUCAUGAACGGCCGCACCACAUAUUCGGAGUUAAAACGACAAGCCGCGCAACCAAAGAGUGAGAUCCGUACAGGACCAUCUUCUACGGGUCCACCCAAACCUACUCAUCCUUUCUUCCUGUCAAAGGGCCAACAGAAAGCCUCCAAUAAACCGCCUCAGCAGUCAAAUACCCAGCAAUCCAAUGCUUUAAACAACUCUACACUUCUACAAGCGUCAACUGAACCAAAACCCGAAAGUUCCGCCUCGAUCCCGCGAAUCUUCCCUCCUCUCUCCUUUCCCUCUGUGAGUCAAAAGCAGAAGGCCCAUGGGAAUAGGGAGCCUCUUGAUCCUAUCUGGCCACCUCGGGACAUGGUGCACAACCGUGGCCCCAUUGAGCCUAUAUGCGCUGCAACUAAUGUAAUGUUUGAAAAGCGAAAAGCAAAGCAAUCGACUGUUUCGGUGUCUGAUGCCGAAAGUAUUCUCACAACAAUCUUCUCACCCCUCACGGAGUCAAACUCCAAUACUCCCAACCGACAACGAUCAAAAGCUCUACGGCGCCCAAAGAGGCACGUUCUUACGUGCAGCGAGUUUAAAAGAGCCGUUAUUGAGAAACUUGCAGUAUGCAACCUUGAGCAGGGAGGGCAGACUCAGCUGGAUACUUUACCUCAAACUGCACAUCCGGCCCUUGUAAAACUUGCAUCAUCCUUGGAUACUACCACAAGCUCCUUUGACAGGGGUGAAUACGACGAUACCCCAUGGCCUCAAAAAUACGCCCCCAAAACGGCUGCUGAAGUUCUUUUGCUAGGCUCUGAGACGUCUAUCUUGCGAAGUUGGCUACAACACCACGAAGUGUCGGCGGUCGAUACAGGGUUAUGCACAAGCAGCCCACGACAAACGCCUGAGAAUAAGGGAACACGGAAAAGGAAGCGAAAAAAGCCUAAAGAUUUAGAUGGUUUUAUUGCUUCGAGUGAAGAUGAAGAUAGUGUCAUGAGUGAACUUCAGAAUUCUGAGGAUGAGUUGGCGGGAGGAGUUACGAUCCCCACGAAAAGAUCAAUGGUUAGAUCUAAUGAUUUUGGAACUGCAUCGUCCAAACGGCCGAUGGCAAAUACGAUACUCCUCAGCGGACCACCAGGGAGUGGGAAAACGGCGGCUGUCUACGCUGUCGCUGGAGAAUUGGGAUUUGAAGUAUUUGAAAUCAAUGCUGGGACACGAAGGGGUGCGCGGGACAUAAUCGAGAGAGUCGGUGAUAUGACCCAAAAUCACCUUGUUCAACUCCUGGCCAAGACAGAUAGUGAAUCGAACCAGGUUAGCUCAUUGGCUCUUGAUAAUGAAAAAGGCCCCAAACAAAGCACUAUGGCAAGCUUCUUUGCAAAGAAAAGCACACCAAAGCCCACCAAUGCUGAUUCGAUGAAAAAAUCGUCAAAAGCGGAAAGUAAGGAAGUGCCAAAGCCUCAUAUAAACCAAAAGCAGUCUUUGAUAUUGCUUGAAGAAGUUGAUAUCCUGUUUAAUGAAGAUAAACAAUUUUGGACUGGGGUACUUGCACUGAUCAGUCAAUCCAAAAGGCCGAUUAUCAUGUCGUGCACGGAUGAAGAUCUUCUUCCACUAGAUAGCAUGUCUCUUCAUGCUAUUUUACGGCUUCAACCACCGCCUAGUGACCUCGCAGUAGAUUAUAUACUAUUGCUCUGCGCAAACGAGGGCCAUCUGCUAGACCGCAAAGCUGUAUCAGACCUGUAUCUUGCUUUAGGGAGAGACCUUCGAGCAACCAUCAUGUGGCUUAGCUUUUGGUGCCAAAUGGGAGUAGGUAGUCGAAAAUCAGGGCUUGACUGGAUAGUGGCUGCGGAAGCCUUGGAUUCAGGGGAUUCUAAUGACUUGUACAGGACGAUAAGUUCUGAUACCUACAUGGAAGGCAUGGGAUGGUAUAGUGCCGACACUGUCGUUGGCGAGCAAGAUCACCUUGAGCUUCGACAGCAGCUGUUGACUGAAGGCAUCGAGCAAUGGGAUAUUGGGUUGAUGGAUUGGCUCGAAAUUGGGAAUGGUCGAAUUAGCGGCGGAUGCUUUGGACUAGUCGACAGCUUGGAGCAAAUGGAUUUAGCAGCCGAUGUCAGGAGCUGCCUAGAUAUAAUCUGUGACGAAGGAUAUCAUGGGAUCAAGCGCCCACUCGAUCCAUCCAUGCCACCAAUUCCCGAGAAGCAUAGGCUAGAUUACAUCGAGGGAUACCAGCUGCUUCAGUCAGAUCACCGCACGGAGUUCAACCGGCUAUCUGCAAAGAUAGGUGCAACGCUGAGCACACUUGCGGAGAAUAUCCUCGGUCCUGCUGAGGUAUGCAUAGGAGAACAGGAUGAUGUGAUAGAACACGUCCUUGAACGGACUGCUCCCCAGAGACCGAAACAGCUUCACAAGACUGCGUUCCAAGAUGCCUUCCAAGCCAUCAUUGACCCGCCGGAUUACUCUACUCUAGUUUCCAAUACCCGGCCUCUUUCAUUUGAACAUGGCACGUCUGUCAUUGCUGAGGAUGUCGCGCCGUAUAUCCGCCAUAUUAUUCUCUUUGAGAUGUACCUUGAACAAUACCGGCUGAGACUCGGCGGCCUUUCCCCGCAGAACGGACCACCAGGCAAGCGUGCGAGGACGACACGAGCAAGCAGAGCAGCCGUUGAAGGAGCUGACAAGGCCAGCAUCAGGCGUGAUCGGUGGUUCCCCGGCCGAAUUGUCCCUGAGCAGAUCAUCGCCACCGGAGGCAAAGGCUGGGAGAGUAUCCUACAAUACCCUCAAACUGAUGAUCUAGCAGAGCUAGUCACCGUCCGACAGCCGGAAACCCGUGAGGUCUGGCGCUCUGAGGCCCCUGUAAAUACCAGCUACCCUCGACCGUACGCGACCGCCCUUCGCAGCCUUCCAAUGUCGCUCUUCGGAUCCUCUCCCGAGGACUCUCCGCUGGCCAGCAAGGCAGCGCAGCCGUCAUCAUCCUCGUCGCGAGUGAAAUCAAGCCUGUUUGCGGACGAUCCCUCCUCGCUGUUUGGAGCAGACGAGGGCUUCUCGUCCCACAGCAACAGCAAUAAGAAUAACAGCAACAGCAACUCCAGAGGCGUGGCUGACAACGAGGACAACAACGACAACGGAUAUUCAUCGCCCUGGGAUAUGCCUACACCAAGGAAAUCCGGCUCGAGACAGCAGAUUGUCAAGACCCUUCUACCCUCGACGGAAGUCCCCGAGAGCUACGUAGAUGCGUUUGACGCGCUGGCUGGUGCUGGGGGAGGUGCCGGCGGGGUCAUCAGUGUUGAGAACGUGAAAAGCCUUCUCGGAAGCACGCAUUUGAGCUCCUCGGAGCAGACGGGGAUCCUUAAUUUGGUGACGAACAAUGGAGCUCAGCAGAGCCUGGAGAGGAGUGAAUUUAAUGUUCUUCUGGCGCUUGUAGGACUGGCGCAGGAGGGUGAAGAUGUUACUCUGGACAGCGUUGACGAACGCAGGAAGAGACUGCCGGAACCUAAUAUUCCUUAUAUUACUCGUAUACAGACGGGUAAUGCGGAAAACGGAACGGCUGCUCAACAAUCUAUGGAAGAACACACUGUCCAGAUACCACUAACACGCCGUAGACUACGACAGGAUUCAUUUGGCCCAAAAGCAGACCCCUGGGGAAGCCCAGUAAACCGUCAGCCGGCUCACCGCCCCAACCAAGGUGCAACGAAUGGGUUUUCUUCUACGAAUGAAGCUCCCGAGCCAGAGGCAAUGUCAAAGCCCAAUACCCAGGUUGAACCUCGGAAUUUUGCAAGCACAAGAUCGAACGAGUCGACCGGUGCGCCCGCGAGCGUCGGCUCUGGAUGGGGAGGUGGUGGAUUUGGGAACCCCUCGUCCACAAGUGGAUUUGGAAAUUAUGAUCAGGGCGCAUUAGGUGCUGGGUUUGGCCAAUCUGAUAGCGGACAAGCCAACACCAGCCGUAAUGACCUAUCUAGAUCAUUGGGCGGUGGUCAAGUAAGCAAUUCGGGAAUGGAGGAUAUUAUCACCAUCCAAAUGCUUCCUGAGAAGGAGGGCAUGUUCCUCUUCCAGCACCGCAACUACGAAGUCAAGUCCGCGCGCAAGGCUACCUCCGUGAUCCGAAGGUAUAGUGACUUUGUCUGGCUGGUGGACUGCCUUCAGAAGAAGUUUCCCUUCCGGCAGAUCCCGUUACUCCCUCCUAAGAGGGUUGCAGUCAAUGGCACUCACCUAUCAGCGGAUUCGAAUUCCUUUUUGGAUAAACGUCGCAGAGGCCUCGUCCGCUUUGCUAAUGCUCUUGUGCGUCAUCCGGUAUUGAACCAGGAGCAGCUGGUUGUCAUGUUCUUUACUGUUCCCACUGAAUUGGCUGUUUGGCGUAAACAAGCCUCCAUUUCCGUACAGGAGGAAUUUACGGAUAAGCCCCUUCCUCCGGAUCUGGAAGAUUCUCUGCCGUCUAACUUGACAGAUACCUUUGACACUGUCCGUUCGGGUGUCCGCCGCUCAGCUGACAUCUACAUUAACCUAUGCCUCCUGAUGGACAGGCUUGUAAAACGCCACCAAGGCCUAGCCGCAGAGCAAUUCCGGGUUUCGAGGGCACUCCACGCCCUGACCGAGAGCACGAUGGACACAUAUGCUGCUGACACGGGUGAUGUUCCCCUGUUAAACAAUGGCAUCAAUGCGACUGCCAAUCACUUGCAAACAAGUCAAGGCCUGUUAGAAGACGAAGCAAGGGCUUGGGACCAGGGAGUCCUCGAGGACCUGAAGGCCCAGCGCGACUGCCUAGUCGCUAUGCGAGACGUGUUCGAUCGGAGAGAUCGCUUUGCAAAGGAUAACAUCCCCCAACUCGAACGCCGCAUUGAGAACAACGAGAAGAAGCUUCAGGCCAUCCGCGCCAAACCCGAGGAGGCGGUUAAACCUGGGGAAGCGAAGAAGGUUGAAGACGCCAUCAUCAAGGACAAGGAGUCCAUUGUCCAGCAGCAUGCUCGCGGGGUCUUUAUCAAGGAGUGUAUCCGUGACGAGAUACUAAUUUUCCAACGGAGCCAGUACCGCAUCAGCCUCCUGCACCAAGACUGGAGUCAGGAGAGAGUUAAAUAUGCAGAGCUGCAGGCUGACAACUGGCGAGCCCUGACCGAUGUUGUCGAAGGCAUGCCUACCUCCGAUUAA